AUGGCGCCAUCCCCUCGAAAGUCGACACGCGCUGCAGCGACGCGCCGGAAAGCGCCCAUUAUUGACGACUCGGAAGAGGAGGAGAACCAGGCGCCGCAAAUCAAGCAAGAGGACGAAGAAGAGUUUACGCCAGCACCACAGAAGACUGCACGACGAGGGCCGCCUCGAAAGGUGGUCGACGACGCCUCCACCCCGAAGACCUCGACUAGGAGACGAACGCGCGUGACCGAACCCACCGAAUCGAUCGAACCGACGCAGUUGUUUACGCCCACGCCACAGAGUGCUGAGGCCCGGUCGCCCACGAAGAACUCACCGAAGAAGCGCGCAAGCGGCAAGACUGGUCGUAAGCCACGUGUCUCGAUUGCUGGGGGUGUCGUGGAUGAGGAUUCACAGCUUCUCACACCGCAGCCUUCACAAUCGCCGGAACCCGAGCCUGCAAACGUGCCCGGGACGCCCCUCGCCGACAUCACAGAGAGCGCCAUAAAUGAGCAAACGUCUGCGCCGGCCCCACAAUCGAAGUUGGUUGAGAAAGUCAACGCCCAGCACACAGUCCUGGAAAAGCCGAUGGACAUCGUGAGUUACGCCGGGCGACAAGAAGUAGGACCAUUCCACACGUCAUUCUCUUCGGUUGUGGGUCCGAACGGAUCGGGAAAAUCGAAUGUCAUUGACUCACUGUUGUUUGUGUUCGGUUUCCGUGCGAGCAAGAUGAGACAGGGAAAGAUCUCUGCCCUUAUUCAUAACUCGGCUGCGUUUCCAGACCUCGAUUACUGCGAGGUCGAAGUCCACUUCCAGGAAGUCAUGGAUCUACCGGGUGGGGGGAGCGAAGUCGUCCCAGACUCGCAAUUGGUCAUCUCGCGGAGAGCGUUCAAGAACAACUCCAGCAAGUACUACAUCAACAACAAGGAGUCCACCUUCACCGUAGUCACUACACUUCUCAAAAACCGUGGAGUAGAUCUGGACCACAAGCGUUUCUUGAUCCUGCAGGGCGAGGUAGAAUCCAUCGCGCAAAUGAAACCGAAAGCCGCCAACGAGCACGAUGAUGGUCUUCUUGAAUACCUUGAGGACAUCAUCGGGACCUCCAAGUACAAGACGCCUAUUGAAGAAUCUGCGGCCGAGACGGAGACCCUCAACGAGGUCUGCAUGGAGAAGAACAACCGAGUGCAGCAUGUCGAGAAGGAGAGGACAGGCCUAGAAGACAAGAAAAACAAGGCGUUAGCCUAUAUCCGCGAUGAGAACGAGCUCUCGACGAAGCACUCAGCACUGUAUCAGAUGUACAUCUCGGAUUUCGACGACCACAUUCAGGUGGCCGAGGAAUCAGUCGGCCAGAUGCAGGCUCAGCUAGAUGAAGAGCUGCAGAAGCAUCAAGGAAACGAGGAAGGCAUCAAACAGCUCGAGAAGCAAUAUAAGAAGAGCACUAAGGAUUGCGAGCGGCUCGAGAAGCAUGCGCAAGAGCUGCAAAAAGAGGUUGCGAAGAUCGAUAAGGAGACCGUCAAGUUUGAAGAGAAGAAAAAAUUCUUUGUCGGCAAGCAAAAGAAGUUAGAAAAGACCAAAGAAACCAGCAAAUUCGGAAUUUCUGAGUCUGAGACCCUCGCGAAGCAGUACGCGGCCGACAUCGAGCGUUAUGCUGAGGAGAUUUUGGAAUUGGAGAAAAACAUGAAGGAUGAGGAGAAGGAGCUUGAGGCUGUCCGCGCGAGCUUGGCCGGAAAAACUCAGGGACUUUCAGAUGAGAUCGCGGCAAAGCAGAAAUCCCUCGAGCCCUGGACCGCCAAGGUCAACGAGAAGCAAUCCUCGAUCGCGGUAGCCCAAAGUGAGCUUGACAUCCUUCGCGAAAAGGAAAAUUCUGGAGCAAAGGGCAUCGCUGAGGCUGAGGCGAAGAUUGCUGGAUUUGAGGAAUCCAAGCAGAACAAGGCAGUGGAGCUUGAAGAAUGCAAGGCCGAGAGGAAGCGGGUUGAAAAGGAAGCCGAAAAAGUCCAAGCGCGGUUCGACGCGCUCGCCCACAAAGAGCCGGCCCUCCAGACAAAGCUGUCUGGCGCCCGCCAGAAGGCUGAUGAAGCUCGCGCCAGCCUCUCAGCGACCCAAACUCAAGGAAACGUCCUGACAGGGCUCAUGCGCCUAAAAGAGUCUGGACGUAUCAACGGCUUCCAUGGUCGGCUUGGGAACCUAGGUGCCAUCGAUCAGAAGUACGACAUUGCAAUUUCGACGGCAUGCCCGCAGCUCGAUAAUCUGGUUGUCGACUCUGUUGAGGUUGGACAGCAAUGCAUUGACUAUCUUCGCAAGAACAACCUCGGCCGUGCCAAUUUCAUUCUUCUAGACCGCCUUCCCCAGCGAGACCUCUCGCAGAUCGACACUCCCGAGAAUGUUCCUCGACUCUUCGACCUCGUUAAACCUAAGCACGACAGGUUCCGACCGGCUUUCUUCAGCGUCUUGCAGAACACCCUCGUGGCAGGUGAUCUUCAGCAAGCGAAUCGCAUCGCAUAUGGUGCGAAGAGAUGGCGAGUCGUCACCCUCGAUGGCCAGCUCAUCGACAAGUCCGGCACCAUGAGCGGUGGUGGAACGCGAGUAGCUAAGGGUGGCAUGUCUUCCAAAAUUGCUGCAGAUAUUACCAAGGAUCAAGUGGUCAAGCUUGAGCAGGAUCGGGAUACGCUUGAACGGACAUUCGCUGAACUUCAGCAAGAGCAACGCGACCUAGAAACUACCUUGCGCGAUCUCAGCGCCCAGAUCCCCCAGCUGGAGACGAAGGCUCAGAAGAUCGCGCUGGAGCUGGACAGCUUCGACCGCAACAUUGCAGACUCCAAGCGCCGCAUCAAGGAACUUAGCGCUGAGCAGGCAUCGACGAAGUCCGACAAAGGACGGAUAUCCACCCUGGAGAAGAGCAUCACUUCUAUGCAGAAGGAGGUCUCCAAACUCCAUGCGGAAACAGCAGGAAUCAUGGAGAUUGGUGGGGUCAAGCUCCGAAGCCAGAAAGCUAAGGUAGACGCCUCGAACGCAGAGGUCUCGAAAUCGAAGGAGGAGAAGCAACGCGCGAAGCACGAGAAAGCCCAUGCCGAUGCAAUCAAGGAGCUUGAGAAGCUUGCUUUCGAUGCGGAGAAGGUAGAAACUGAUAUGAAGACGCAGAAGAAAGCUCAAGAGGCUCUUGACAACAGCAAGGAGGAACUCCAAGCGCUCAAGAAGGAGCUCGACGAGAAGACCGCCGAGCUGAAUGAGACGCGUGCCGUCGAAAUCGAAAUGCGGAACAAGCUUGAAGAAGGUCGGAAGAGUCUACAUGAGUACCAGAAGAAGCAGCGCUACUUCGAAGACAAGCUGUCAAAGCUCUCCUACCAGAGCAUCAGCGACCUCGGCGAGGAACAAGAAGGGGAAGGUCUGCCCACGUACACCAAGGACGAGCUUCAAGACAUGGACAAGGGAGUCCUCCAGGACGAGAUCGCCCAGCUCGAGAAGAAGAACGAGAACGUCAACGUGGACAUCUCCGUGCUUGCUGAGUACCGUAAGCGCGUCGAAGAACAUGCAGCUCGCAGUCUGGACCUAGCCGAAGCUGUCGCCGCCCGUGAUGCCGCGAAGAAACGAUGCGACGAGCUGCGCCGUCUGCGCCUCGAGGGCUUCAUGGAAGGCUUCAGCAUCAUCACCGCCCGUCUCAAGGAAAUGUACCAGAUGAUAACCAUGGGCGGAAACGCGGAGCUGGAGCUCGUCGACUCGCUCGAUCCUUUCUCAGAGGGUAUCCUAUUCAGCGUGAUGCCGCCGAAGAAGAGCUGGAAGAACAUUUCUAAUUUGAGUGGUGGUGAGAAGACGCUCAGUUCGCUUGCCCUGGUGUUUGCGCUGCAUCACUACAAGCCGACGCCGCUGUACGUUAUGGAUGAGAUUGAUGCUGCGUUGGAUUUCCGAAAUGUCUCUAUCGUCGCCAGUUACAUCCAGCAGCGCACAAAGAACGCUCAAUUCAUCGUCAUCUCGCUGCGAAACAACAUGUUCGAGCUCGCGGCGCGGCUUGUUGGCGUAUACAAGGUUAAUCAUAUGACGAAGAGUGUUACGAUCGAGAACAAAGACUAUAUUUUUGGGCGGGCGUAGACGGUGCUGACCAAUCUGAUACAUGCUUGUUGGUCUUGGAUAGAAGUUGGUGGGUUGGGUCGGAUUGAAUGGUGACGUGUGGAUAUGGUGGGACGCACACGCCCCAAAGAGUAUGCUCUUACGACGGAUAUCUAAUGAGGGAAAUGAUGUUCGAGGCACCGCCUAUGCUCCAACUCUUCAGGGCCUACGCCCCGUCGUGCCUAUGCUGACCUCGCCCUAGAGGUACUUGGCGUGUAUGUAAGCGUCAGCACUCGUACGACUGGCUUAUUGCAUUUACGCGUCUCAAAGUAGUGUUUUCCCCAAGGACCUCAUCGCAACGCAAGGAAUACAAGUUUAG